AGUGGUCCCGUUUGCUGAAGUUCUUUUUCCUGGCUCAGCCAGUCCUGUAUACCAGGCCCUGCUGAAAAUACCAUCCAACAGUUUUGUCUCCUGCAGCAAUUUCUCUCUCCAGUGUGCUUCUGUGUUUAAAUGUUGUCAUUACUGUGUGUCUGUAUUUAUGUGAAAGAGUUGUUUGUAUGGGUGGAUUUACUAUGAGAGGAUUAUGAGGUGUUUUAUUUGUUAAUUGUGGGUCAUUUUAAAAUAACAUCAGAGGAUUGUUGCAAAUGAAGAUGAUGCAAUUAUUCUUUAAUUGGACUGUGGUAGUGCAGAUUGAUCAAACAAGUCAUCCUCUGCCCAGGUUUGGUUAAUUGAUGCAGUGACAGGUAAGGAUCCUAGAAUAAUGAUGUACAAAAGGCACGCUACCUACCCUUACUUCUGUUAUUGCCAUUUAGUUUAUGAACCACUUUAUCCUCUGAAAUGUGUUUUGGUAAGUAGACACUGAUAGCUUGUGUAGUGUUCUUGCCAAAUCCCUAAAUUUCUCUUUGUUGUGUGUAUCUCGAUUUUUCUCUGUGUGCUUUUAGUAGCGAAGCCGCCAACGUGAGUCGCUUGUUUCAGUAAACAUCUAAAUGAAAAUUGAGGGCACACCCAACUGGAGAAGCAGCUGUGCUUGCUAACGUUUGGUUCAUGACUUAAAAAACACGUUCAGGAUCUAUUCCAGAUGAGGCUAAAGCUUUGUCACUGUUGGCGCCAGCAAAUGCUGUUGCAGGAAUUCUGCCAGGAGGAGGACUUCUUCCAACGCCCAACCCCAUCCCCAAUCCACCUAUUGGAGGGAACCCUUUUGGUGCGCCGAACAUGGAUGCGAUGGCUGCAUUUGGCUUCCCAGGACCCAAUAUGAAUCCCCAGGCUGCUGAUCAGCUGUUAAAGUUCAUGACGGAUCCAAAACUGAAUCCCCUGGCUGCAAGCUUAAACCUGAAUGCAGGUUUGAAGGCUGACGGAUCUAAUAAAGAAAUCGAAGAGGCCAUGAAAAGAGUCAGAGAGGCUCAGUCGCUCAUUUCUGCUGCUAUUGAACCUGGAAAUAAGGAGAGCAAAAAGAAGCGCUCUCGGUCCCGGUCCAGGUCCAGAAGGAGGUGGUCCAGAUCACGUUCAAGACACAGGCGAACCAGAAGCAGAUCAAGGCGACGAUCAAGCUCUAGAAGCAGGAGACGCUCCAAAAGCCUGCGCAGGAGACGCAGCCACUCCAGAGACCGGAGCAGGCGAUCACGAAGCAGAUCCAGAGAUAGAAAGAAAGAUGACUCCGGGAGAAGAAGAUCUAAAACACCACCUAAAAGCUACAGCACAGCCAGAAGAUCACGCAGCGUGAGCAGGAGACGCAGGAGAAGUCGCAGCAGCAGCCGAUCUCCUCCCAAAAAAUCCCCUAAAAGGAGAAGCUCCAGGUCUCCAUCUCCUCGAAGACAUAAGAAGGAGAAGAAGAGAGAUAAGGAAAGAGACAGGGAACGCAGGAGUGAUAAAGACCGCAGUCGUGAUGAACGUGAACUCUCCACCAGCAAGAAAAAGAAAAGCAAAGACAAAGAAAGAGAGCGGGAGAGGAAAUCAGACAGUGAGAAAGGAGACGUUAAGAUCACCAGGGAUUACGACGAAGAGGAACAAGGCUAUGACAGCGAGAAGGAGAGAGAGGACAGGAAGGAUUCAGACGAUUCUGCUUUGUCUCCUCAGUCAGUAGAAGGUAACGGCACAGCGCGGCCCAUGAAGCAGGCCAAAGUUAACGGUGCUGACGAUCACCACGAAGAGGACAUGGAUGUCAGCGACUGAGUGGUCCAUCACACCGUUUCCUACAUUAUCCCUCCAUUUUGGUUGUGAAGGUGUUUUUGGCCACUGGGGAAAUUCUAAAAUGUGAAAUGUGUUUGAAAUGUAUUGAUUUUUCACACAGGAAUGUACAAUACUUGACUGUUAAGUCUUUUUUGCCCAACGACAUACUGUCUUUCUCUUGCUUUGUCCCAUUGCUUUAAAGUUCCCUUAUGCUUUUUGCCUCUACAACUGUAAUCAGUUCAGACUGGAAUAAGGCUUGCUUUGCUUUCUUGAUCUUGUGUUGUGAGAUUUUGUCACUUCAUAUAUUGUAUCUUAACAUUUUUUUGUUUAGUGUUGUGAUGUGAUGCUCAGGCCUCUUUUGGAAAUAGUUACAUUUGCUUCUUGUUCGAAAGUAUUGAUUGUUUUAUCAAAUAUUUCUUUUAUAAUAAAGCC